CCUCAGGUGAAAAAGGACCCUUUGUCUGCGGUGUCUCUGACUGUUCAUGCCUCAAUAGCCUGGAGGCAAAAUGGGCCUAAUUUGCACAGGUAGUAACACUGUUCUGGAGUCAGCACCAUCAACUGGUCGGCCAUGAGUUUUGCUCCGAGUCCAUUCACCCCCAUGGGCAGCCGCAACAUUCAGGAGCAGCGGGACCGCUGGGAGAGGAAGAGGAGCCGCACAGCCCGUGAGCUAGUGCACAGCGAACAAAGAUACUGUGAACAGCUGGAUCUAGUCGUCACGUACUUUGUGGAGAUCUUGAAGGCCAAAGGAACCCUCAGGCAGGACAUUAGAGAAAGCAUCUUCAGUUCAAUUAAAUCCAUUCAUUUAAUAAACCAGACCCUACUCACUCAUCUAGAACUGGGGAGGUUUGGCGUCGGGUUUGAGGAGUUCUGCACUCACCUGCAGUUGUACAAUACUUACGUUGACAACAUCCAGACGGCUAAAAAAGUCCUCAUGGUUCAAGUGAAGAAAAGCAAAGCCUUCAGACGGUUUAAAAAGCUCCAGGAGUCGAGGCCCGAGUUCAAUCAGCAGAAACUUGAGGACUUGCUUCUGCUUCCUCUUCAGCGCAUCCAGCAGUACAAGCAUUUCUUGAGGGACUUGACAGAGAACACCGGUCCAGACAACCCGGAGUUUCAGCAGCUUUCAAAGGCAGUGAAGGUCGUCUCAGAGGUCGCCCAGCGGAUCCAGGACAACGCUCGCAGCCAUGAGAACCACCUGCAGCUGCGCAGAGUCCAGAAACAGCUCAAGGGCCGAAAGACCAGAAUCCUGACUCCAGGGAGGUGGUACAUUCGGGAAGGCUGGCUUAAGACAGUGCCCACUAAAGGCACGGAGGCAAAGCCCAAGAUGUUUUACCUGUUCUCUGACAUCCUGCUCCAGGCCAAACCAUGCAGUCCCAUACAUCCUACCCACGGGGAUAAGUUUGUUUGUCAGCAAGUUUACCCGUUGAAAGAGUGCACAGUGGACAAAGUCUUCGGCCACACCAAGAGCCAGGGAGGCCUUAUCAGUUUGACCUUCGCCAGGGCCAAACUGCUCCUAAUGUCCGAUGAUCAGGGGGACAUUAAUGAUUGGUACCGUAGUCUCUGCAUGGCUAUUGGGCAGCUGAAGUCAAAGAAUACAGUGGUGCACAAGAGAGACGAGCUGUGUCGGAAGCCAAUCAGAUCCAGACCAGACUGUCAGAACACUCCAGAACUCCAAACACGUGGAAUAAAACGGAUCAUGAUGUUGGAUGAAGAGGUUAGGGGUCACAGUUCCAUCCCUUCAACAGAGGAGAGCGGCCACAGCGCCACCAAGAGGCUGAAGCCUGAUGAAGCUCCUGCUGCAAAACCACAGGAGUCUUCUGGAUCAAGCUGUGUCAUUCUGUGAGGUUGUUGUGAAAGAGCUGAAAGAUCUGCCCACAGACGGAAGGUGAUUUAGGGUGAAUGUAUCAACUACAUACUGCUGCAUUUUUUUCCAUAUGCCAAAGUAUAUGGUGGUGCAAUGCAGGGUUAUUGCUUUUAAGCAUGUUUACUGUUCACUUUUUAAAGAUUUGUAAUGUAUACUGAGAUGUCUUACCAAGUGUAAUUCAAUGCAGAGAUACUCACUGAUAAUGGCCAAAAUCUAACAAAAAAACAUUAUGUAUAGUAACAGAAUAUUUAUCCAGUCACAGACUCUGAUGAUAUAUCAUUAUUGUGCAAAACAUUUUAUGCUAUUACCAUUUAUUAUAAAAUUUUAAUAUAAUUUACAUGAGGUUCUGAUCUGUUAUACACUGGAACAAAAAGGGGAAACCUGCUUUUAUAUAUAUAUUGUAUAUUACUUUAAUUAUGAUGAUACUCUGCUAUCCUCAAUGCAAAUAUAUACAUAGUUAUUUUUUUUUUUUUGUACGCAUGUGUUAAUCAAACUUUUACUGUCAGAUCCAUUUAGGAGUUUAUUUGUUACUGAACUCUGUUACACUGUUCAAUAUUAUAUUUUGCCUGUGAAUUAAUAAAAGCUCAGUGAUUUGCUCUAAAUAUUGACAGAAGUUCUAUUAAACGAACAAGUUCAACAAUGUUAACUGAACAUGUGGUCAACACUGCCCUCUUCUGGAAUACUGCUGAUCGCUCAAGUCUCACAUGCAUUUAACUUGGUUUGUUUUGAUAAA